CGCUCCAGUCUGUUGUUGGAGGACCAGAUCUGCUCUGUCAGAAGAAGGACUGCGGCAAUCUUUCUACCCCGGCCCAUGGCCGCCUGACGUGCAGCGGCACCAGGUACCAGGACUCCUGCCGCCUGACGUGUGAGCCGGGCUACAAAGUUGCCGACGAGAGCGGCCACCUGCUCCACCGUCUCUUCAACUUCAGGUGCAUGGCAAGUGGAGAAUGGAACAAGCCGAGCUGUGUCCCGUCUGACUACUGCCAGCUCGGGCUGCACGACUGCCACCCUGAGCACGGGGUCUGCAGCCUGACGGGCCACCAGGCCUUCAGCUGCCGCUGCCGGGUCGGGACGGUCGGGGACGGGAGACACUGUGAGCGGACCGCCUGUCCGGAUUUUCCGGUCGCUGAACCGGAGAACGGGUUCUUCUCGUGUUCUAUCCCGACAUCCUCCGCAGCCGACACCUGCCAAUCAGCUACCAGCACAGAGCCGGAGUACGAAGUCGUCUGCGUGCUCCACUGUAACCAUGGUUACGACAGGCUGAUCUAUGCCGAGUACUCCUGUGGACAUGACGGAAACUGGACCAUUCCUGUUGACAUUAACAGCACUGGGACUACACAUUGUCUAGGUACAUAUGAGACUUGAGACUUUAUGGCGUCUUACUUCUCCUUUGUAAUCGGGUUUGGGACAGUCAAUUGGGGUAGUCCGCCUACUUGACAAUUGAGAAAGCCAGCAAAUUUAGAUAUGUGAUCAUCAUAUGCAAUCAAAAGUUCGGGACUCAAUUUUCUUUAGGUCAUAGCUGUCGAUACUUUCACAACAUCGAUUUUUCAAUGCCUCUUAUGUUGAUAGAGCCUGGAGCAUUUUGCAGUAGAAUCAUAUAUAUGUAUAUAUCAUUUAGUUACAGUAUACCCACUUUUUCAUGAUACAGUGCUUAUCAAAGCCCGUUUGUAUUUCAGCUGUGAAAUGCCCGGACCUGUCCAGUCCCCAGCAUGGCAGGAUGACGUGUAAUGGCGGCUACAACUUCCGCUAUCCCGAGGCCUGCAGCUUCGCCUGCGACGUCCAACCGGGCUACGAGCUGACUCCCACAAGCAGCAGUGUGAGGCGCUGUCAGGCUGACGCUACCUGGUCUGGUAACGACGCAGGGUGUAUCGGUGUACGAUGCCCGGUCCUGCGCAGUCCCACCAACGGGAGAAUGACCUGUGACAACGGCUCCACCUUCCGGUUUCCUGAGAACUGCAGCUUCACCUGUGACCCAGGCUAUGAACUACACGUGAGCGGCAACGGCAGGCGGACCUGCCAAGCUGAUGGCACCUGGUCUGGGAGAAACGUCACGUGUAUCGCUCCGGACAACAGAGGCACCGAGUUCAUGGUCGGGUUUCUUCAGAACCUAACACCAUGGCAAUGGGAACUCAUACUUGAGCUGUUCAUCACCAGCGCAAGUUCUGAUCCCGCCUCAGUCACCAUCUCUGCACCCGGAGCCGGCUUCACCAGACGCCUCACGGUCACAGAUGCAGCAGUGCAGGUCGUGAGCCUUCCCCCUUCCCUCGCGCUCAUCGGUAAUGAGAAGGCACAGAAAGGCAUCUCAAUUACAUCAGAUAAAGAAAUCAUUGUGUAUGGCGUAAACAAAAGGCCGGCCACAACAGACGGGUUCCUUGGCCUCCCUUUAGACAGCCUUGGAAAUGAAUACUUUGUAGCUUCUUACAUCUCUACUGAACCACACCCAGCUGGACCAUCAGAAUUUGGCAUUUUUGGUACUGAAGAUAACACAUACAUUGUGAUCACGUUACGGGGAACUACGCACUACCAAGGGUUGACCUACUCCACCGGAAGUGUCAUCAGGUUGGUUCUGAACAAAUUUGAAGCUGUUCAGUUCCAAGGUCAAAGAUCUGACCUUACAGGCACACGCGUCACCUCAAACAAGCCUGUUACCCUGAUGUCUGGCGUUCAAUGUGCCAAUGUCCCUGUAGGAAUCCACUCUUGCGACCACCUAGUAGAGCAAAUUCCCCCAGUGGACACUUGGGGGAAAAGGUUUGUUACAGUCCCUCUUGCUGGUCGAACUGGGGGCGAUAUCUUCCGCAUCGUUGCCGCCAGGGACGGUACCACAGUCAGAGUCACGGGGCAUACAAGUAGAUCUCAAUGGCUUCAUUCCGGUGAAUUCUGGGAUUUGGAUGAUGUUCCGUCCAGCGCCUACCAGGUAAUCGCAUCUUCCAAACCGAUCAUGGUUCUGCAGUACAGCAAGGGGUUUGAGUCUGAUUAUACUACUGGGGACCCUUUCAUGAUGUACAUUCCACCGACUGAACACUUCGCAGCAGACUACACAUUCGCCACAGUUGAUGCUGCGGGCUCAGUAUAUGACAGCUACAUCAAUAUCAUCAUAAAAACCACUGAGAGGUCCGGCCUUCUCUAUGACGGACGCGCUCUUCCAUCCUCCACAUCUUGGGUGCAGAUUCCUGGCACUGACCUGUCCGCUGCGCAGCUGCACAUCACAAGCACAGGCACUCACAAGAUCAAACACAACUCCGCUGUUGUCACCUUCUCUGUCUUCUACUACGGCUACUCCUCCUACGACUCAGUUGGGUUUCCCGGAGGCAUGCGUUUUGAACAGAUCUCUGUAAAUCCCUAGAUCAUCGAAUAACAAGAAGUCGAUAAUGAGUUGAACACAGAAUGCACAACGUAGGCUAUCCGCCCCAGGUAUUUAGGGUAAUGUUAUAGCUGACCAGUGACAUAUAACCACAAAAAGCCCAGGUUACUAAAAAACAGUACAACCAACCUGGAGACGACCAGAAAAAAAUCUGUUACGGACAAUGACUUUAUGUUUACUACCUCUGACUCAUGACCUAUAUCUUUUUUUUAGUAAAAACUUUAUUCAGACACAAAAAAGCAUGCAUACAGAUAAAACAGGUACUACCAGUUGUAUGUGCUGUAAGUCAAGUGGCAAGUACAAUAGUUCCCAUUUGUGAUGUGUGAAUACUAGUACAAUAUGUUUUGACGUGUGGUUACUGGCUGCGAAAGUAUUUGAUGAAGGUAAUAACCGUAUUAAUGGUAUAUUUAAUACUAAUCAUAGUCUUAAAUUAAUGGAAUAUUCUUUAAUCAGUGACUUAUAAUUAUUCAGUUUGCAUUACUGUUAUGUUGCAAAGCUGUUUGCUUUGUGUUAUCCAUUUGAUGAAAAUGUGCUACAUUUGAGUGAAGCAAUUAACAGGAGUGUUUUUUUUAAACUUUGGAUAAAAUGUAAAAACUAAAAUUUAAUAUAUUUUCCUCAUAAGCAAUAUUUACAGAUAGCUUUGCUGAUCUUUGCUGUUUAGUGUGGCUGAUUGUACAGAUGGGGCAUUGUAUGUAUCGGUUGCUCCAUUGUUGUGUUUUGAUUGCUGAGCUGAAAUAA